AAGAAAAAAAAAAAAAAAAAAAAAGAAAAAAAAAGUAAAGACCUUUAGCCGUACAACAAUUUCGAGACAGAGCAGGAUUGAACAGGAUAGUGCAGGAUAGUGCAGGAUAGGACAGUUAUAAAAAACUCUUUCAUCUUUGCUCUACUAUAUUUCACUCGCCGUCAUCAUGAGCACAGAACUGAGUGGCAGUACCGGCAACAUUAAUUCUACUCCCGUUGCCGUUCCAACUCCUGAUGCUGUUGAAUCAGACUCUCUCAACGUCCCUCUCAUUGCCACUGUUCCUGUCUCUGUGUCCCCAAUAACAGCAAUAGUUACGCCUACAACCUCAACUAUCUCUGCAACCACACCAACCGUAGCUGCUGCUGGCAUCUCGGAACUCGCUGCUCUUCCAGUGCCGACCCAAACGCCAGAAGAGAUCGCCAAACGGAAUGCGAUCAACGAGAAGAUUCGAACCGAGAACAGGGAGCGUAAAAAGAGAUGGCGUGAAGCUAAUGAAGACCGGAACAAGGACAAUGACUUGAGGUGCAGAGUGAAUAAGCGAGCAAAUAAAGUCUUUGUCCCAGGCCAGGAAGAACAAAAGAAGCAAUGGAUUGAGGAAGAAUUCCUCAAGCGGCAGGCAAAGCGUAAAGAGAAAGAACUGAGCAAUUAGCACUGCAUGCACAGGCCACGGCUGCUGCUGCUGCCGCCGCCGCCGCUGUUACUGGCACCAGUUUAACAUCUGAAUUGCUCACAUCCGGUUUGCUAUUGCAGCACCAGCAUCUUCAACCCACAACCUCGGCUCUCAAUCCAGCGAAUCCUCAUUUUGAUGCCAAUACGGUCAAGACAGCGCUGGCGCUGAACGAUC